AUGCCACCUAUGUUACUACUCAUUUAUAGUCUACUCUUCUAUAUAUUAAUCACCUUUAAUCCAUUUUGUGGUAGUUCACAACUUAAUAUUAUACCUGGAAUUCCACCCAGUCCUUGUGCAUUAAAUAUUGCAAUUAUAGCAACAGUAGACAUACUACUUCAUCAUAUAAUUGUCAUCUUGUUAAUUGCUAUUCUUAGUGUUGCAUUGAUUGUACGUGUUAUAUUACAAAAACAGAGAUUAAAUCAACCAAUUCAAUGGCAAAAACAUCGCAAAAUGAUGAUUCAAAUGAUUUUUACAUCAGUUUUCUAUUUGAUUUGUGAUGCUCCAUGGGCAAUCUUGGUUUUUAUUGUGAAAAAUAAUUUAUUGCAAUAUAAUUUAGAUACACCUUUAAUUGUAGCACUUACUCUUCGUAAUUAUGUAAUGUAUUUAUAUCCAUUUAUUUGUCUGGCAUCAUUAUCUGAAUUGCGAAGUAAAAUGAAAGACACGUUUCUUUGUUGGCGACAUCUAAGUCAAGUUGUUCCUCUAAGAACAAUAACAAUAGAACCAAGAAUCGGUCGAACAAUACUUGGCACACAACCUGUUGCUCACUUAUCAUAA